CGUUGAGCUGUCGCUCUCUUUCUCUCUCUUAAUUUUUUAGUACUUUCUCUGUGCUUGUUGAUUACUGCUCUGCUUUCUCAUCUAUAUGUAGAGAGAGAGAGAGAAACUGAAGAGGUGGAAACAAGGAACAACUGAAACAUCUAGAUCUUCUGCUCUGUCAAUGGCUUCCAAGCUCUUGCUCGUCACCGUCUUCAUUUUCGAUGUUAUUGCUUUCGGUUUGGCUGUUGCUGCUGAGCAGAGAAGGAGCACUGGCAAAGCAAGGCCAGAUAGUGAGGAUAUGUAUAAAUAUUGUGUUUAUGAUUCUGACAUUGCAACUGGGUAUGGCGUUGGUGCAUUCCUAUUUCUCAUGGCCAGUCAAGUAGUUAUAAUGGCUGCAAGUAGAUGCUUCUGCUGUGGAACUCCACUAAAACCUGGAGGCUCAAGGGCUUGUGCUGUUCUUCUUUUCAUUAUUUGCUGGAUAACAUUUUUCAUCGCUGAGGUCUGUUUGCUGGCUGGUUCAGUUAGGAAUGCUUAUCACACCAAGUACAGGACAAGGUUUUUCGAAAACCCUCCCUCUUGUGAGACUGUGAGAAAGGGCGUUUUUGCAGCGGGAGCAGCUUUCGUUUUAUUCACUGGCAUAAUCUCAGAGUUCUAUUAUGUGAGUUAUUCCAAGGCCAGGGGAGGUUCCACGCCUUAUGGAGGCGAAGCCGCAAUUGGCAUGGCACCAUUUAAGUGAGUCUGAAGAAACUACCGGUAGCAUGCGACAGCUGUCCGCUCUAUGGAUUUUCUGCAACAUAUUUUAGUUCUCUGGUACCUAAUAUUGCUAUAGGAUUCUAGUUUGGCUAAGUACUAUAUGUAACCUUAUACCUAUUUCUUUUAUUUGUUUGUGUCCCUGUACAAUUUUCCUCUAGCAUGUGGAUGCAAUGUGAAUGAAUGGAUGUCCUCUCUUUGUUCGUACAUGACA